AUGGAGAUUUACAUGCUUUAUUUUGGUGUUUCGGUGUUGAUAUCAAACUACAUUUCCCUGACAACUUCAACACCACUCUUCAAUCUCACCACCGAUCAACACUCUCUCACUGUCUUAAAAAACUCCAUUGUUUCCGACUCUUAUACCAUCUUGCAUAAAAAUUGGUCAAUUCACACUCCCAUUUGUGGAUGGAUUGGUGUCUCUUGUGGCUCCAAACACCAAAGGGUUACUUCCCUUAACCUCUCCACCUUCGGGCUCCGAGGCACCAUCCCUCCACAUCUCGGAAACUUAACGUUUCUUCGAGUUUUAGACAUCAGCUCCAACAUUUUCUCAGGAGUCUUGCCAUCUGAGCUGUCUAAGUUGCGACGUUUGGAAGAGAUAAACGUCGCAGCUAACAACUUCACCGGAGAGAUUCCAUCAUGGUUCGGAGCCUUAUCCCAGCUCCGACACAUGGAUUUGUCGGACAACGUAUUAUCAGGCAGAAUCCCUUCUUCUCUAUUCAAUAUUUCGAGGCUUCAGAAUCUGAAUUUGAGCUUCAAUAUUCUCGAUGGAAACAUCCCAGAGGAGAUUGUUGGGCUUUCUUUCCUGGAAAGUGUUAGUUUAGGAAGCAAUGAGUUGGAGGGAUCCAUACCAUAUAUUGUCUUCAACAUUUCUUCGUUGAUGUCAGUCAAUUUGGGAUUUAAUAUGCUAUCAGGAAAGCUACCAAACAACAUAUGCAGUAAUACUCCAAGAUUAAGAGAAUUCACUGUCUAUAGGAACCAACUUGAUGGGGAAAUUCCAAGAAACAUAAGCAAAUGCAAAGAGCUUGAGCUCCUGCAAUUGCAACUCAAUAAAUUCAGCGGCCAAAUCCCGAGUGAAAUUGGAAGUUUGAGCAUGCUUAAGGAUUUGCAUAUAUGGAGAAACAAACUCAAAGGUAGAAUACCAAAGCAAGUUGGGAACCUUACCUCCCUAGAAGUGCUAAACUUUGAGAUUAAUCAAUUGACAGGUGAAUUACCAGGUAAUUCCUUAUCUGGCUCUAUCCCACAUGGUCUCUUCAACAUAACAACCUUGCAACUAUUAGACCUUUCAUGGAACAACUUUUCAAGUACUCUUCCUUCAAAUAUAGGGCUUUCACUUCCCAAUCUCCAAAACCUCCAUUUACAUUCUAACAAACUCAGUGGCCCAAUUCCUGCCUCUAUCAACAAUGCUUCUCAACUUGAAGAAUUAUUCUUGCUAGAUAAUUCAUUUACCGGCUUCAUUCCCAGUUUUCCUAGUUUAAGGCUCUUGACCAGCUUUUUACUCAGCAUAAAUAGCUUGAGCGCAACUCGAGAAAUGGAGUUUCUCUCUUCAUUAACGAAUUCCGAGCACCUAGAGGUUGUUGAAAUAUCAGGAAAUCCACUACUGGGUUGUGCUCUCCCAAAUUCCAUAGGAAAUCUAUCCCAAUCGCUUGAGAUUUUCCUGGUGCACGACGCAGGUAUCAGAGGGGUCAUUCCCUCUGAAAUAGGAAACUUGGCCAGUUUGAUUGAUAUCGAACUACAUAAUAAUCAGUUGAGUGGAUCAAUUCCAGCAACGAUGGGAAAUUUGAAGAAACUUGGGAGAUUAUCCCUUUAUGAAAAUCAGUUGCAAGGAUCAAUCCCGCUCGAGUUUUGUGAGAUGAGUUCUUUGGUAGAGCUGUACAUGAGCAACAACGAGUUCAAAGGUCCAAUUCCAGAAUGUUUGGGUGGAAUGCAAUCGCUGAGAAUGGUUUCCUUUGAAUCAAACAAGUUGAAUUCCACCUUACCUUCCAAUUUAUGGAAUCUGAAAGACCUCGUCUUUCUAAACUUGUCCUCGAACUAUUUGAGCGGUCAGAUUUCACCUCAAGUUGGAAACUUGAAGGUAAUCAACGGAAUAGAUUUAUCCUUUAAUCUAUUUUCCGGUGAUAUUCCCAGCUCCAUCGGCCGUUGCCCAUCAGUAGAUUACCUAAUUUUGUCAAACAAUAACUUUGGAGGAUCCAUUCCUCAAUCACUGGCAAAUAUGAAAGGCUUGACAACACUGGAUUUGUCAAAUAACAAUUUUACUGGAAUGAUACCCAAAUCUUUACAAGAUCUCAAAUUCUUGGAGUAUUUCAAUGUAUCUUACAAUAGAUUGGAAGGGGAAAUUCCAAAUGGAAGCUGUUUUUCCAACUUCACCGCUCUAUCAUUUGUGCACAAUUCAGCUCUUUGCGGACCAGCAAGAUUUGAAGUGCCGCCUUGUCCAGAAGUUGAUGGAGGAUCCAAAUCGAAGAGUGUUGCUCGAUUAAUGAAGUACAUUUUGCCUCCUCUUGUUUCAGCUAUGGCUAUAGUGAUCAUUGUAGUUAUUCACAUAAGACGAUGGAAGCUUGUAAAAGUGAGAACUCAAGUUUCGACUUCGUUAGGUAAUCCUUGGAGAAUAAUCUCAUACAUCGAACUAUCACGAGCAACGGAUUCCUUUAGCGAGACGAAUCUCCUUGGAAGGGGAAGCUUUGGCUCAGUUUUUAGAGGGUUAUUUGAUGAUGGACUGAAUUUUGCGGUGAAGGUGUUCAAUAUAGAGCUGGAAGGAGGUAACAAGAGUUUCGAAACUGAAAGUAGAAUACUAAGCACCAUUCGACAUAGGAACUUAGUUCGGAUUAUCGGUUGUUGUACCAACAUGGAAUUCAAAGCCUUGAUUCUUGAAAUCAUGCCAAAUGGAAGUGUGGAGAAAUGGUUAUACUCGAAUGGUUAUUGUGGAGAUAUUCUACAAUUGUUGAAUAUCGCAAUUGAUGUUGCUUUAGCUCUGGAGUACCUUCAUCACGGUAAUACUUUCCCCAUUGUGCAUUGCGAUAUAAAGCCAAGCAACGUGUUGCUCGAUGAAGAUAUGACUGCUCGUGUUGCUGAUUUUGGUAUUGCAAAGCUCUUUGAGGAGGGGGAAGCCAUGGUCCACACCAAAACACUUGCUACAAUCGGCUAUGCAGCACCAGAGUACGGGUCGGAAGGAAAAGUAUCCACGGGUGCUGAUGUAUACAGUUUUGGGAUAAUGUUGUUGGAGAUGUUCACAAGAAAAAAGCCGACAGAUGACAUGUUCGAUGGGGAAAAGAGCUUGAAGGAGUGGGUGAGUGAAGCAUUGCUAGCAAAUGAAAUCAUCCAAGUGUUAGCCCCUGCUUUGCUUCCGGUACGAGAUCGACAUUUUGAUAUGAAGAUGAGUGAGAUAACAUCUGUGUUUGAAUUGGCAAUGAAAUGUUUAGGCAUUUCGCCUGAUGAAAGAAUCAACAUGAUUGAAGCGGAAGCCACGCUAAAGAGGAUCAAAGCCAAAUUUGUAAUAAGAGUGACCACAAGGCCUCAGCAACAUACAAUUACCAUUACCUGA